AUGACAGAUCCAUUAAUAAAAAGAUCAGGAAUUCAAGAAGAAGAAGAUUUAACAACAUUAAAAUUCCCAAGAGAUUUAAAAGAUGCAAAAUUCUUAUUAAAUUCAGAAGUUGCAAUUUUAUUAGAACAUAGAAAAGGAAUUUCUGAAUCAGAAGGUACAGAGUUUCCACAAAAUACACUAUUAAUACAUUUGUAUUAUAAUUCAAUUAAUGAUAUCAUUAGAACAUUUCAUAAAACAUUAGCAUAUGCAGAGAAAUUUAGUAGAUAUAAGAAUAAAACAUCAAUUAAACAGGUUAGAACAGCAUUAUCAAAACAAAAUUUAGAAGAAUUUGAGAUUGCAAGUUUAGCAAAUCUUUGUCCUGAAAUUUCUGAUGAAGCUAAAAGUUUAAUUCCAAGUUUAAAAAAAAUGGAAGAUGAUGAACUUCAAGCAAUUUUAGAUGAAUUAUCAAAUCUUAGAAAGUUCAAUUAA